UAUAAAUUUCACAUUUCUCUUCUCUCUAUAUAAAUAAACAUUUGUUGUAAACAUCACAAUAUUCUCACCAGAUCCUAAGAUAAUGGCAAGCAUUUCUAGCAUUCCAUCACACAUAAAAGCUUGGGUUUAUUCUGAAUAUGGGAACAUAGAAGAGAUUCUGAAAUUUGAUCCUAACGUAGCUAUACCAGACAUCAAGGAAGAUCAGGUGCUCAUCAAGGUUGUGGCUGCAGCCCUUAAUCCUGUAGAUUACAAAAGAGCUUUUGGCUAUUUCAAGGACAUUGGCUCUCCCUUACCUACUGUUCCGGGGUACGACGUUGCUGGUGUGGUGGUGAAAGUGGGAAGUGAAGUGAGGAAAUUCAAGGUUGGGGAUGAAGUUUAUGGUGAUGUCAAUGAGCAUGCAUUGAAUGGUGCAAAGAGCAUUGGAACUUUGGCAGAGUAUACUGCUGCAGAAGAGAAAGUAUUGGCUCACAAACCCUCCAAUUUGAGCUUUAUUGAAGCUGCUGCCAUUCCUUUAGCCAUCAUCACUGCAUAUCAAGGACUUGAAAGAGUGGACUUUUCUGCUGGCAAAUCUAUUCUUGUUCUAGGUGGCGCUGGAGGAGUUGGAACUUUUAUUAUUCAGCUGGCCAAGCACGUUUUUGGGGCAUCUAAGGUUGCAGCAACAGCUAGUACUGCUAAACUGGAUUUGUUAAGGAACUUGGGAGCAGACCUUCCUAUUGAUUACACAAAGCAGAAUUUUGAAGAACUGACAGAAAAGUUUGAUGUAGUGUACGACACAGUAGGAGAGAGUGAGAAGGCACUGAAAGCUAUAAAAGAAGGAGGCAAAGUUGUGGCAAUAGUGCCACCUGCAACUGCUCCAGCUAUCCUCUUCAUACUCACUUCAGAUGGUGCUGUGUUGGAGAAACUACAACCUUACUUAGAGAGUGGGAAGGUGAAGGCAGUUUUGGACCCUAAGAGUCCCUUUCCAUUUUCUCAGACUGUGGAGGCAUUUGCACACUUGAAGACUAAUAGAGCUAUUGGGAAAGUUGUCAUAAACUCCAUCCCAUAAACACAUCAAUUUCUGCUUUGAGAUCUGCUGUGUAUACCCAAUAUAUGAGUGAUGAUGAAUAGAGAACACAGUAAUUUGGAUGUGUAAGUUGAUGAUAAAAGUCUAUUUUAAUACAAGUUUAGAAGGAUUUUUAGAAUUUUUCUUUCGAAAAAUACUCAUUAUUUUCGAUUGAAAAUUUUUUAAAAAUGUUUCUAACUUAUAUUUAAGGGACUCUAAAUCUUUUAGAAUUGCAGUUCUGAUAGUUCAUAGUUUGGUUGUGUUUUGGUUGCCAAAGAAAUAAUACAUAUGGCUGUGGAGGGGCAUGACUUCUCUGCUCCAUUUGAAGUUUGAA